AUAGCUAUAGGCCCUCUCCCGUCACUCCGCGAUAUCUCAUCUCGAUUUAUACUCGCGCGAGCGAAUCUCCGAAUCCCAUAAGAGAUCGUUUCGCAAGUGAGCGCGAGCGCGAUAUCUUCCGAUUAUCAACAUUCCAGAGUGUUGACACUGACUCGGAUUGUUGCAGCCGCCGCCACCGCGCGUGCCUCUCUUCCCCUUCCUGGGGCCAGCUGCUCUCGGAUCGCGGCUAUUCCGCUCCUUUCUCUCCGCGUUAUACACUCCGACAUCUGCUCGUCUCUCUCUCUCUCUCUCUCUCUCUCUCUCUCCCUCGCUUUGGAGCAGCAGCAGCUGUCUUCCUUCUCUCGCGUGUAUAUACCGAGAGCUGCUCGACAAAGACUGCCGCGCGGCGACUGCAGCAGUCUCUGUUUUUCGGCCCCGCGAGUGUGUGCGCCUCGCUGGAUCUCCGAUCGAUGCUGCCGUUGCGGCGCACUCGCGCGUGUGUGUUUUAUAUACCUGUACAGACACACUCGGAAUUCGGGAAAUCCAAAGUGAAAGUGUUUCGGAGGAUGUGCGAACCUGCUGCUGCUGCCCUUUUUCGGAGGAGGUGCUGGCAUUUUUUAGCUCUUAGUAAUGAUGUAGAAAGAGAUUCGAGAAAUAAAACUUAAAUGAACGCAUAAAGUCAUGAGUUCUAUUCAGCAAACUGGUCGGUUUCUUCCCUUUGCAAAUAGUAAUAUACAGAGAAAGCAAUUAUCAAACCAAGGAGGGUUACCACAGAGCUUGAGUGGUAGCGAAACGGAUGUAUCCACAUCAAACGAAAAUUUAAGUAACGAAGAACGAUAUGUUAUAAGGCAUACAGCACGACAAGAACCACAAGGACAAGAAAAUCAACAACACAGUCCUUCAAGGUCAUCCAGUCACAAGGAAAAUAUACCAAACAUUCAGGGAAAUAUCCUGAAUAGAAACAGCCUCAAAGAGAGUUUAAAUGGCUCAAACAGGAACAGUUUAAAAGAAAGUUUAAACGGAUCUAAUAGAAAUAGUUUGAAAGACAGCAUUAACGGUUCAAAUAGAAAUAGUUUGAAAGACAAUCUAAGCAAUCGUACCAGUGUUGGAUCUAAUAGGAGUAGCCUUGAUGUGUCUACCAGUUCAUAUAACACACUUAUCAUCCACAACGCCAAUGAGGAAAAUUCGUGGACGCCAUCGUCAAGAUUAUCAGGUGUGGUAAGAGAACAUGGUGACAUGGGUUAUCUCUACUGUGAAGGUGGAGGCAAAGGCCAUUCAAACAGUCCAACAAUUCAGUCUUUGUCCAGCCUACCACACGAUGAUCAUUUAUAUGAACAAACUGGUAGUGGUGGCAGUGGUUGUCAAGAAAUUACCGAUAUUCCUGAUGAUUAUCUUAGUCAAUCACAGGUAUUAAAGCAUUUGGCAAAAGAAGUGAAAGUGCCUUCUUACAGUAGUAAGCUUACGGGUAAUGACAAUAGUAUAGACAUGAGAAUGCGCGAAGGUGAGAGAGGAAAGCAAAACGAAUUCGAGGACAGACCUCCGCCAAAUUACACUACGACAUUAAUACCCGUAAAAAGCAAACACAGAUUACUCGGCCCAACGGAAAAGUUGACGUUAUCCAGGUCUCAACCGGACUUGUCCAGGAUCAACAAAACGGAGAUCGACACUUAUGAUCCGCGAACAACGUCUCCACGUCCUCAAACGAAAGGAAGGGAAGAGUUUGAAACAACGACUGGUGAGAUCUGGCCGACCUCGGAAAUGGUGCAGAUCCUUAUUCAAGAGAACAGUGCCUUAAAACUCGAGUUGGAACGAUGUUACAAAAAGGUUGCAAAAUCGCAGCAGCUCGAGCUAGAGAUCACGAAAAUCCAUCGAGCACACGAAGAGCUCGCGGCGACGUGCGAUCGCCGCGAAAAGCUAGAACGCGCCGCACGUCUUAGGCUGCAAAGCGAUUGUAGACGACUGGGAGAGUUAAAUCGAGCCUUGAGGGACCAAAUUGAGCUGAUGUCCAAUGCACGUAACGAAAGUCCUCUCACAAUAGAAUCUAUGAGAAAAGAGCUUACUCAGAAGGAGUUGUUUAUCGGGCAACUCAUCACACAAACUAAGGAAUUAUCAGCGGCUAAAGAGCGUCAAGAAAUCGAACUAGCUGCUCAGCGAGCGACUCUACAGGAGCAGCGCACGCACAUCGAUAUUUUGGACACCGCACUCACCAAUGCUCAGGGCAACGUAGUGCGUCUAGAGGAAGAGUGUCGAAAGAAGCAAGUGUACGUGGAACGAGUGGGACAGCUGCAGCGCGCUCUGUCCUCCCUGCAGGCGUCUAGUGAUAGACGUGAGGAGACAGAACGCCAACUAAGGGGUCAACUCGAGCGAGAGCUAAGGGAAGGCGGGGGCAAUGACAUAUCCUUCAGUGGCGAAACGAUAACUGACCUGAAGCGCAAACUACGUGAGCGUGAUGAAAAGAUCAUGUCGUUGGAAGGCGACGUAGCCAAAUGGGAACAGCGCUAUCUCGAGGAAAGCGCCUUGCGCCAAGCCGCCAUCGAUGCCGCUAGUCUUCCCAAAGAUGCAAAAAUUGCUGCUCUUGAAAAAACAAGUCAAGAUGCAGAAAAAUUGAUCGCCGAGGCCCGUUCCGAGAAAAUGCGACACAUGGACGAAGUACACGCUGCUCAGAAAAAAUUAGCCGAUCUUGAGUCCAGAAUGAAAGAUUUGGAGUCCAAGUUGGCCGAAAGGGAUGCCAUGAUUCGGGUGCUUCAAAAACACACUUAUGAUAAGGAGAGCAGCAGUAGCAGCGGCGUAGGCAGCUAUCCAGCAGCUCACUCUUCACAUUCCAGUACAUCGGCAGACCAUCACACGGCUCUUACCAGUACUCCGGAGCUCGUGAGCAGUGUCUUGGGUGGUGGCAGCGGUUACGGAAGUACAGCGUCGUACGGCGUGGCGGACAGUUAUAAAUAUAGGAAACAAGGGAGUUUUGAACAAACAAAUAAGAGUUUGGAUGACCAGCUCAAAGAACUCGACUCACAAUUACUCAGCAAGCGGGCACUUUGCUGUUUUCCAGGAUUCUCUAAUCCAGGCGCUACGUCGCGAAAAGGAAAAAUACCCAAGCCACUACUGGCGGGUGUAGAGUCGGCAGGUGGCUCGAGUACCGCCUCGAGCAAGAGCCGCCUGCUCGACGACUCGCCCUGCAAUCAGUCCGAGGCGGCCUCGGGUAUUCUCGACUUUGCCGCGGCCGCGUCGCGCUUCAAGAGCCGGCUCUCCGACGGCAAGCCCGAGGACAUGAUGCUCCUGGAGAAGCAAGGCCGCAGUUCCCAGCGACAACGCAUGCAGGAGCCACCCUCGCCUACCGGCUCUUCCACCUCCGCAGCAGCAGCAGCCGCGUCCGCGGAGCCGAGACGCGCCGGGAGUCUGCCUCCGAGCUCGCUGCCCCGACCGCCCCGGAGCCUCAAGUCCAGCCAGAACUCGCGCUACUGCCGGCUCAGCGACUCCGAGACCAGGAAGAAGGAGGCGGCCGAGGCGAAGCGCGACUCCGGCAACUGCACCCUCGAGUACGGGCGCUUCGACGGUGCUAAAGUUCUUCGCCGCAAAAAGUCCUCCGAGAGCAUCAUCGGUAGCAGUAGCAGCAGCCACACGCACAAGAAGUGCCAGCUCGAGUACGAGCGACUCGAGCCGAAGCUCGUCGUCGGGCCGUCGGAGCUGCAGCAGGUGAAGCACCGUGAGACGCAGGCGCGCUCGCUGAUCCCGCCGCCCUCGCGCAGGAUCGGCCUCGAGUACGGUCGACUCAGUGACGGCGACGCCAAACAGCCCAGGAAGUCGCACGAGUCGUCCUCGUCGUCACGCGGACAGUCUACCGGCAGCCUCAUGAGCACCAAGAGCGAGGCUUCCCAACCGAUGCUCAAACCCGCAACCAGGUCCAUACCUCGGCCGAGCAACUACAGGAUCCAGUUCUAGAGCUUGCGCGCUGCUGCGCUGUGUUUAUACAACUUUAUAAUCUUGCUGCUGAUUUGUAAUUUGUCUAUUUCUGCCCGCCAUAAUAAGCGCAGCGCAGAGAGUCGAUCUGCAACACGCAUGUACGUACGCGCUAUUCUAUUGUCUAUGUUAUAGUAGUAUAUGACCUAGUCAUUACCAAAGUAAAACUCGCAGCGAAGGAGGGUUCUUUUUUUUUUGAUUUGUUAUGUACGAUGAACGACCGGUUACGAUGGUGGUGUACGGAGCGCACGGAGCAGCACUUGUGUGCAGGUCUGCUACCAAAUUUCCCGUGAAAAAUCAUUGGCUGUGAAAGCAAAUUUUCUUCUAGUUUGUUACUUCCAAAGUAUAAGCUCUUCCUCUGUCGAAACGCGUAUAAAUGUCUGAAUUGUAAAUUGCUAAUCGGUAGCGAACGUGCGCGUCGCACAAGCUCGUUUGCUCCACCAGCUGUCUCCGCGCGUUUCGGUCACCAUACGUUAUUUAAUGUACAAACUAAGAAUCUAAAGUAAUCGAGUACCACUUGUCAAUUAUACGCAUGAAAGUACGAUGCAAGUUUUCUUGCUAUCGUCGCCAGCACAGACGUAUAUACCGAACUUUUUUCGACUGAGAACGUGUUGCCUUAAAGGAAAAAUUCUCUUCAAGAGAUUCAAUAUAGAUGCGACGGAAGAAAGCUAAAGAAAUAUCGCGAUGAUGCCUUACACACUAGAAUCCAAUCAAAAUAUGUAUAUCGAAACACAAACUGCAUUUCGAGUCACAUCACUGCUCUCAAUGAAUGUUAGCGUAGAAUCUUCAUAAGACUGAAAAUGAAAAUGAAAGAAAAAAAACAAGCAAACAAAAGUACACAGGUAUUUUACAUCUUGAUUUAUCUUUUUGGCAAUAUUUACGAUUUUCGAUAAAACUCUUCAAUGCUCAUCGAUGAUAAAACAAGUCACUUCGAUAUUCGACCGAAGCCAAAGUGUAGAAAAAAAAACCAUUAUCAGUAGGUAAUGCAAAAACACAGAUCGCUUCUAAUAUAAUUGAUUAUAUUUAUUUUAUCGCGCUUGCGUUUGAGACGAGAAAUGAAAAACGAAAUAUAUACGAAAGAAACAGAAACUUAUAUAUCGGAUGUGUCAUCUAUGAACUCCACAGACAGUAGGCGGAGUAUAUGAAAUAUCCGCAGUACGCCUAAGUUAUUUAAGUAUGAACUAAAACGAAAAAAAUACACAAUGAUAAUACUUUCUAUUGUGAUUUAGCAUAGAGUCUUAGAUGACUAGUGUCGAAUCGGACCUGGUUUUUAUUCUAUUCUAUGUAUCUAUUUCUUUCUUGUAUUGCUACUUUGUUUAGUUACUAUUUUUGGUUUCUACCAGUGUAAAUGAAUAUUAUCAUUGUACGAUUUUUUUUGAAGAAGUUGUUAAACGAACGAAAUACAAAUGAACGCUAUAAGCGCUUAAAGCUCUUAUAUAUGCGUUUUCUGCGACACGCACUAGGUGAUCCACCUUGAUAGUCUUGCAUUUGCUUUUUAUCUCGAACAAACGAAAAAAUCUCAAAUUAAACGACAGUCAGACAAAACGUAAACUUUGAUAAUAGCUCGUUGAUCAUCAAUAACUUUAUGUUGGUUGUGUUGUAACAGCUGACGGAGUGAUUUUUUACCUAUCUCAAGUACACUUUAGUCGAUAUUGCAUUUUUACCUGUAAUACGCUUGUAUUUUUUAAAAAUAUUUUAAGUUUUUGAUCGCAAUCUCACUUUUUUAAAUUAGUUUAAAUUUAAUUUUACAUUCAUUAAACGAACAAAACGAUUUGAAUUUUUCUCUCUUUUAGUAGAAUAAUUUUUAAACGAGAGGCGAUUGUGCUUUAGUAUUUUUUUUUUAAAAAGGCGCGAUCGCUGGUAAACGUUAUCUCGCAAAAGGCUGUUAUUUCACAGUCAUCCUAAAGGUGAUUGUACGACGAAUUCCCCGAUGUAAACCACAUUGUGAUGUGUAGCUUUUAAAGUUUUAUUAUUUAUGUCUUAUUGUUUUUUUUUUCUAAUCGUACAAAACGAACUGUCAAAAGCGUCUGUCCCAAAAGGAACGUGUAUAAUCGGGCCUUUGCCAUUUCUUUUUACUAUUUCGUUUCUAUACUUUUUUCUUUUUAACGUAUAUGCAAGAAUACCAAAUCGCACAGAGGGAAAGGAAGCUUCCGCUUCGAUCUAUGACUUUCUUUUUCUCAAAACACAUUAUUUAUACAAACAUUCCCAGCGAGUCUUUCCAAAUUGUUAUAAUAAGCUUCAUUUAUCGCUUAGUCCAAAUUCAAUUUUUUUUUUAAUCUUUGACUUUUUGAUCAUAAGCAGUGCUUUACGUAACAAAAAGAUCGCAAGCGCGAAGCUUCCGCUAUCUCGGUGCCGCGUUCACCAAAGAUGCGUCUCCUACAUAUUGUAUAAUGCAAUAAUACUGUAACGAUAUAAUAUAAUAUUAAUAAUAUAAUGUUAAUCAUAAUGCGCUCCUCCUGCCGGGGGCUAUACGUCGUAUCCAAAUAUUGUUCCUAUGAUAUUUUCGCGUUUUACGCGUAUAGCGCACCCGCAAGAACCUCGAAAGGCAUAUUUAUUGAGAAAUCGCGCGGAUGAUUUGUUAUGCGCGAUGCGAUUCUCGAAUAAAGUGGGCGUGGCGAGGUCGUUUGUACCUAUAACGAUCGUCGACGCGCGUCGUUUGCUCUCUAUUUUUGAUACGGCCGCUACACAAACGCACGAUUUUCACGAAUCACCAGUCUGAUUUUUUUCUUAAUUUGUAUGUUUCGCGAAAGCGACAAAAAGUGAUAUACAUGAGUAGUGUCACUCGCGCGGGGCCUGCGAGUUUACGGAGUACCAAGUCACGGUCGUUCGGUCGUUUUAAAAAAAUCAAUGUUAAAUAAGUCGUUGAAUGUUGUUUGACUAAACCGAACGACCAAAGUGAUCUCGUAUU